AUGAAAAUCUUAAAUGUUGCAGAAAAACCAUCAGCAGCAAAAGAGAUUGCUCAAAUUUUAUCAAAUAAAAAAUGUAGAAUGAGAGAAGGUAAAUCUCAAUAUAAUAAAAUUUGGGAUUUUCAUUUAGAUAUUUUAAAUCAAAAAGGUGCAGAAAUGAUAUUUACCUCAGUGACUGGUCAUUUAAUGGAAACCGAUGUAGACGAGAGAUAUAAACCAUGGAACUCAUGCGAGCCUAUAAAAUUGUUUGAGGUACCUAUUAGAAAGAUUGUUUCACACGACAAAUUGAAUAUCAAACAACAACUAGAAACCGAAAUAAAAAAAUGCGAUGUAUUAAUAUUAUGGUUAGAUUGUGAUAGAGAAGGUGAAAAUAUAGCGUUUGAGGUAUUGCAAGUAUGUAAUAGUGCAAAAAAAAGGUUCAAGGUUUAUAGAGCAAUAUUUUCUGCCAUUAUUCCAAGAGAAGUUAAUAGAGCAAUCGCAAAUUUAAAAGAACCAAAUGAAAAAGACUCCAUUGCAGUAGACACUAGAAUUGAAAUAGAUUUAAGAUUGGGUGCUGCAUUCACAAGAUUUCAAACUUUAUAUUUAAAAAAAUUUCAACUCGACCAACCCCAACCCACACAGCAACAACAACAAAAGAGUAUUAUUUCAUAUGGUCCUUGUCAAUUUCCUACUUUAGGUUUUGUAGUAGAAAGAUAUUUUAGAAAAACGAAUUUUGUAAGAGAGGAUUUUUGGACAGUUAAUGUUUAUGAUAAUCGAAGAAUUGAAACAAACAAUGAUGACAGACCAAGCGAGGUUGUUUUCUCGUGGAAAAGAAAACGUUUAUUUGACUAUUCAACUGCAUACAUAUUAUAUGAAAAAUGUUUAGAUAAUCCUCAAGCAGUAGUUGUCGAUAUUAACACAAACGAUUCAAAAUAUAGACCACUUCCACUUACAACUAUAGAACUCCAAAAGCAAGCAUCAAAAAAAUUAAGAAUUUCCUCAAGUGAUACCAUGGCGAUUGCAGAGGAUCUUUACAAUAAAGGUCUAAUCAGUUAUCCAAGAACAGAAACAGAUACAUUUCAACAAGGAACGGAUUUUAGAGGUUUGAUUGGUAUUCAAGGUAGUCAUCCUCAAUGGGGUCAAUAUGCGCAACGUUUAAACAAUGGUGAGUUUAAAUAUCCUAGAUCUGGUACAAAUAAUGAUAACUCCCAUCCACCAAUCCACCCAACUGCUGCUUGUCCAAGUACUCUCCCAGAUAGAUCAAAGAAAGUAUACGAGUUUAUUACUCGUAGAUUUUUAGCAUGUUGCUCCACAGAAUCUGUAUUGGGAAAUACUAGUGUAACCAUUGAAAUUGAAGGCGAACAAUUUGUAGAAACUGGUGUUAUGGUAAAAGAGUGGGGCUAUUUAGAAGUUUACCCCUAUGAUAAAAGAUCAAACAAAACAAUUCCCAAGUAUAGGAAAGGUGAAAGAUUUCAAGUAAAGAGAAUUGAAUUAUAUAAUGGUACUACACAGCCACCACAUUUCCUUACCGAAUCUGAACUUUUAUCUGCUAUGGAUAAAAACAAAAUUGGUACAGAUGCAACAAUGGCCACCCACAUUCAAACCAUUCAAGAUAGAGGAUAUGUAAUAAAAAAUCAAGAGAGUCAAUUCGAACCAACUAAAUUGGGUAUCUCUUUGGUUGCAAGCUAUGAAUUAAUGGGUUUUCAAUUUUCAAAACCAGAACUCAGAGCUCAAAUCGAAUCGGAUGUAAAUGAAAUUAGUAAAGGUCGUAAGCAAAAAGAGGAGGUAUUACGUACAACUAUUGAAAGAUAUAAAGAGCUCUUUGAAAUAGCUUUUCAAAAUACAGAUUGCUUUGAUAGAUCCUUUACACAAUUUUAUCAAUUGGCCGAACAAAGAACAAACUUCCAUAUUGAAAAGCCCCAACUUGUUUUAUGCGGUAAAUGUAAUAAUAAAAUGGAUUUUAAAUCUGAUCGUAAUCAAGAAACUCCAAAGAGAAUUUUAAGUUGUCCAACCUGUAAGGAUAGUUUUGACUUGCCAGUUAAAGGAGAGAUUGGUGCACUAACAGAAACUGAUCCACUUUUUAAUAGAACCUCACCAAAAUUAUGCCCACUUUGUUCUUAUCAAGUAGUAACGGUAUAUAAUCAAGAAAAAGAUUAUACCUAUACCAUUUGCCCAAAGUGCAGGAAUAAACCCCCAUUUCCAGAUAAACAAAAACCAUUUCAUUGCUUUCAAUGUACUAAUACUGAUUGCUCUUUAGCAAAAGGUAAAACUACACCAUCAACAUCUAGCAACAAUCAAAAUAAUAAUAAUAACAAUAAUAGCUAUAGAAACACAAAUACGACAGCAACAGCAACAAGAGGUGGUAGAUUUGGAAAGACUGCUGCCUCUACCAGAGGUGGAAGGUCCUCAACAAAUACCAGACCCGUCACUACUUCAUCCAGUAGAGCCAGCCAAAGGGUAUUUUCAGCAACAAAUAAAAGUGCCCCAACAGUUAAAAAAACUAAUAAUUUAAAUUGGUAA